GGGGGAGGGGACGCUUAUAAGACAGGAUGACAGCAUCGGGGAGUUGAUGCCACCUGUAAGGCCUCACCUCAGGAGCUAUUUCCAGAGCUGGGUACAGGGCUGAGACGGGGAAGAGGCCUGGUGCCUAAGGAUGCUGCUGUCUGAGCAGAGUCCUGAGGCAGGAAAUGGAAGGCUGAGAAAUAGAGCAAGGAGGAGGGCUCAGGGGAGGACUCAGAGCUAAGAACACUCGCUGCGUAACCAUAAGGACCUGAGUUCAAAUCCCCGUACCCAAAAGCAGGACACAGCUGCAUAUGUGCGCACCUCUAAGCCUAGCACUGUGGGAGGCAGAAACGGGAUGACUGGAGCUUACUCCAGCCUACUGAGGCUGAGGCUCAGUGAGAAAGACACGUGGGAGAAAAUUACGUCACGGCACCUGACAUGCCCCUCUGGUCCCCGCACACUUAACAUGCACAUAUGCACAUACCCCAUAUACAUAUUGUACAUGUAUGCUACACACGAAGAAAAGAGAGGAGGGAGGCAGGGAGGGGAGGAAUAAGGGUGUUUAGGAUGAAGACUCCUGUCGUGUGCUCCCCACUUUUUAAACCCCCUAACUGACCUCACGCGAAUGAAUUAGUUCAAGCACCGACUGUUAGGUCUUCAUGUCUUGUUUUAAUAAUCACCGUGGAGCUGUCUGGACAAGACGAGGCGAUUAUAGGGAUAAGACAGGAGGAGAUAACCCCGGAAGAUGGUGAGUGAGGGAAAAUGCUUAAAUGGAAGCUACCCCUACCCCUGUGGGAAAGCCAGGACCUUGACCUGAAAGAUGUUUGGGCCCUUAGGAGUUCAGUAUGGGUCUAAAAGCCAGUGCCUCUGCUGGAUGUGUGUGGACAGAAGCUUCCACUUACCCAGGCUCAAACAAGGACACCCAGGGUACUCCCAAACCAUGAGAAGACUCUAGGAGCUACAACCGAGAAGGGUGUACUGUGUCCCUUUGUGCUCUCCUGGGAGUUCCAGAAGGCUGGGGAGUCAGCAUAACUCCUUCUUUAGAAGAUUACAGCACGUUGCUGUCUAGCCAAUGAGUAGUAACACUGUCACACAAUUGCCUCAGAGGCCAGGAGGGCGGGCACUCCUGCCUCCAGCAGACAUGGCCUCCCUAAGCCUCACAAUGGUGUCCUGCGGCGCCACCUAGUGGUCACUGGACAGAGGACAGUCCGCCAGUCAGUGUAAUAGAGUUUUGAGGAACCCAGAUGGCAAGAGACCAGGGUGGAUCCUUAGGCAGCACGUUGCCUGCCCAGGCUGAGGAACGAUUCAUGAGGUAUAGAACAUUGACAUUUAGGGCAUUAUCACCUGCCAGCAGGGGCACCAACAUGAAACCACACAGAGGUAGUCAGAAUGUGGGCGGACUGACUUCAGGAUUCGUAGCCCUGGCUUUAUAUGAUUUUUCUCUAAAAGAAAAAAAUUAAUAAAGCAAUUGUGAAAGUGUCCUCAGAGAGAAGCCACAUCCAUGCCACCAAGUCACAGUCGGGCAUGACACAGUAGUGUCCUUUGUAUAGUUUUCAGCUAUGUUCCACUAGUUGAGUAACACCCGAAUAGCCACUGCCCUACCUCAGCAACUGUUUCCAUUGCUUUUGUGUGCGUGCGUGUGUGCAUAUGUGUGCCUGCAUGUGCAUAUGUGUGCAUGUGUGUAUAUGCAUAUGUGUGUACACAUGUACAUGUGUGCAUAUGUGCCUGCAUGUGUGCUACAUGUGUGUCCAUGUGUAUGCAUGUGUACAUAUGUGUGAAUCUGUGUGUGCAUAUGUGUAUAUGUGCAUAUGUGUGUACAUGUGUGCAUAUGAGCCUGCAUGUGUGCUACAUGUGUCUCCAUGUGUAUGCAUAUGUGCCUGCAUGUGUGCUACAUGUGUGUCCAUGUGUAUGCAUGUGUACAUAUGUGUGAAUCUGUGUGUGCAUAUGUGUAUAUGUGCAUAUGUGUGUACAUGUGUGCAUAUGAGCCUGCAUGUGUGCUACAUGUGUCUCCAUGUGUAUGCAUGUGUGCAUAUGUAUGCAUCUAUGUGUGUGCAUGUGUGUGUGCAUAUGUAUAUAUGUGCAUAUGUACAUGUGUGCAUAUGUACAUGUGUGUCUGUGUAUGUGCAUAUGUGUGUACAUGUGUGUGCAUAUGUGCAUAUGUGUGCAUCUAUGUAUGUGCAUAUAUGUGUGCAUCUGUGUAUGUGCAUAUGUGUGUACAUGUGUGCAUAUGUGCCUGCAUGUGUGCCUGUGUGCAUGUGCUCAUGUGUGUGUGUGUGCACGUGUGUGUGUGCAGACAAGAGGCAGACAUCAAGUAUCUCUCUCAUCAUUCUCCAAGGGUCUCUCACUGAACCUGGAGCUCAGAGCUUUGCCAAGGCCAGCCCCUCUGUCUCUGCUCCCAGCAUUGGGCCGUGGCAGCCCCUGCUGCCCUCUGCAGCCUCGAGAUUAAAUAGGGGCAAGGGGCACACAUCUCAGUGUUUUUAAAGCUUCCCAGCGAUUCUGAUAUUCUUCCAGAAACAGGAUAUUCUAUCUACAAAGCACAACGGGGUCCCCUGAGCAGGUUAGAAAGGGAGAAGCCAACCGCUCACAAUCAAGCAUUGGCCGCUCAAAUCCCAAGGGGUGUGUUGUCAAGACAAAGCUGGGCCCCAGGGGCGAGGCCCAGACAGCUGCAGGCUGCCCGCCAUUCUCAAAGAAUCUAUUUGGUAUCUGGGUCCAAAUCUAGACAGAGCAUGAACAGUCCAUUUUGAGACAUUAUUACUAUUAAUAAAUACUUUCUUAUGCUUUUACUAUGUAAAGAAUUUAUUACACUACAAGAGGAAAAUUCAGAUCAGAAAUAAAAGGAUACCCAAAACCACAUGUAAACUGUUCCCCUUAAUUAGACACCAUCGGUGAUGGUAUUUGAGUUCCAUUAAAGAAGCCAGACACACUCUAUUCUCUAAUCUUUUUCCCUUGCGGACCUUCUGUGCCCCUUGUGCCAUGUCAAUAAAUAUGUUUGCAUCAACUCAAUUACCUCAUGGCUUGGAGUCCACUGUCUGAGGGAAACAGUUUGCCAGUUCACAGCGACUGCUUUUAUUAUUAUUAUUAAUUAUUAUUAUUAUUAUUAUUAUUAUUUCUAAAUUUUUGCUAAUAUGGAGGAAUCUCAUUACGGGCAUCCCAGUAAUCAAAUAUUUUACACGUCUCUGAUUUGCUAAGGAUCAGCUGAUGUUAUCUAAAGCCGAAAGGAUCCCCGAAAGACCACUGGUUACAUGAGUUAACAGUCAAGUUACAUAACUGGAUUAUUCUGAAAAUUUUCUACCCUAAUGAGGUUAUUCGUUUUUAUUUGUUUCAACUUUGAUGUAUGGAAAAUAAUGCCAAGAAUGUGAUAUGGGUAGAGGUGUGUGUGUGUGUGUGAGAGAGAGAGAGAGAGAGAGAGGAGAGAGAGAGAGAGAGAGAGAGAGAGAGAGAGAGAGAGAGAGAGCAUGCAUAUGUGUGUGUGAGAGAGAGUGUGUGUGUAUGAGAGAGAGUGAGAGAGAGUGUUUGUGUGUUUGUGUGUGUGAGAGAGAGAGAGCAUGCAUAUGUGUGUGUGAGAGAGAGAGUGUGAGAGUGUGUGUUUGUGUGUGUGUAUGUGUGUGUGUAUGUGUGUGUGUGAGAGAGAGAGAGCAUGUAUAUGUGUGUGAGAGAGAGUGUGUGUGUAUGAGAGAGAGAGUGAGAGUGUUUGUGUGUUUGUGUGUGUGUGUGAGAGAGAGAGAGAGCAUGCAUAUGUGUGUGUGAGAGAGAGAGUGUGAGAGAGUGUGUGUGUGUGUGAGAGAGAGAGAGAGAGAGAGCAUGCAUAUGUGUGUGAGAGAGAGUGUGUGUGUAUGAGAGAGAGUGAGAGUGUUUGUGUGUUUGUGUGUGUGUGUGUGAGAAAGAGAGAGCAUGCAUAUGUGUGUGUGAGAGAGAGAGUGUGAGAGUGUGUGUUUGUGUGUGUGUGUUUAUGUGUAUGUGUGUGUAUGUGUGUGUGUGUGUGUGUGUGAGAGAGAGAGAGAGAGAGAGAGAGAGAGAGAGAGAGAGAGAGAGAGAGUAUUUGAGAUGGGCUCUUGUUAUGUAGCCCAAGGUGGACUGAAACUUGUAGUCACUCUCCUGCUCCACCUUCCCAAGUGCUAACAUUGCAGACAUGAGUCUCCAAGUCUGGCUAAGUGUACAUUUUGUUUGCUUACUUGAGUGUGUAAGAAACCACUUAAUCCAGGAACGAUGGCACACACCUUUAAUCCCAGAUCUCUGUGAGUCCGGGGCCUGCCUGAACUACAGAGCCAGUUCUAGGCCAUCCAGAGCUACAUGCUGAAACCCUGUCAAGAAAAGGGGAAGGAGGGUGGGAAGUAAGCACCCAAGUAUUUUUAAGAGGUGUGGUUCACAUCUUGGAGGAGGGGGUAUUUCCCUGGCAGGCACUGAGCGAUGUUGACCAUUUUAUUGGUUACAGUGUGGUUCUUGUUUCUGUUCUGAAAUAGUUUUUAUAUUUACUUUUAGUUAUGUGCAUAUGAGGCAGGGGCUUAUUUAUUUAUUUUUAAUUAUGUGAAUGUGAGGUGUUGGGGUGACAGGGGUCAUGUGCCUGUAAGUGCAGUGCUCAUGGAGUCCGCCAGAGGGCAUCAGGUCCUUUGAAGCUGGAGUUACAGACACUCGUGAGCCACUUGACUUGGUGCUAGAACGGAGCCCCAGCCCUCUGCAAUCACAGAAUGUGCUCUAACCUGCAUUCCUCCGUGGCGUAGGAGGUGAACAUCUCAUUUCUGUCUCCUGUGUGUGUCUUCAUCGGCGGGGAAUCCGUCAAGGACUUCAGCCCAGUUUUUAAUCAAGCUGUUUGUUUCCUUAGGGUUGAGCCUUAAGAAGCCCCUGUCUAUUUUGGAUAACAGCGCCUUACCAGAUAUUUGUCAUGCAAACAUUUUCUCCCGGUCCGUGGCUCCUCUCUUUAUUCUCUUGGCAAUAUCUGUGGAAGAGUAGAAAAUUUUAAUUUUGACAAAGUCUAUCUUAGCAACUCCUCCUCCCAGGGAUCAGGCCCUCCGUGUAGAAUCUGGAGUCAGCACCAAAGGCAAGGCCUUCUAGAUUUCCCAUUGCCUCCUAGCAGCUUGGGGAUUCUCCAUUGUGUGUUUAGGUUUGUGGCCAACUUUGAAAUUUAAGUCUUGCAACAGGCAUGAGGCUUGGAACUACAGCUGUAUCUGUAGCCGUUGACGUCCACUGGUCCCAGCAUCGUUGUUGAGGGGACUUUCUCUUCAUGUCUAUGGCCAUCUGUUGAUGAUGGUGGUGAUGAUGGUGAUGAUGGUGAUGACGGUGAUGAUGGUGGUGAUGCUAUGCUGGGAGGGAAUUUUUAUGUUCUUUUUUUUUUUUUUAUCGUGUGGGCGUGCACACAUGUGGAAGUCAGAGGACAACCUGGAGGGAUCGGUCCUCCCUUUCCACCAGGAGGAUUCUUAAAUUCAUCUGCUAGCCAGCAAGCAGCCUUAACCACUGAGCCGUCUCGCCAGCUCUGUUUUUCGUUCGGGUCUGUGUCACCGAGUCAUUGCAGAAAUCUGAUUUCAUAAGGCAGAGGUCAAUAAACCAUUUCUACAAAGGGCCAGGGGGAGAGCCACGUGAUCUUUGUCAUUGCUGCUCAACUGUAUCUGUAGAUAAUAUGUCCACAAACGGGCAUGUCCGUGUUACAACAAAACGCUCAGCAGUUGCUGCUCUUCCAGAGGACAUGAGCUUGAUUCCCGGCACCCACGUGGCAGCUCGCACUGUAACUCCACUCCUAGAGAAUUCAGAGCCUCCUUCUACCCUCGCCAAACACAAGGCACACACAUAGGGUACAUACACAUGCAUGCAAGCAAACACAUGUGCACACGUACACACAAAAUAAAGAUAACACACAAAUAAAAUGGCACACAAAAUAAAGAUAACACACAAAUAAAAAUAACUUUCAUUUUAAACAGCUUAGGUAUACAAGCAUGUAAUGGGCCAUGAUCCCCUGACCCCGCUGUGCAGUAUACCACAUUCCGGAUCUGCCCUAUAUUCCACUAACUUAUUCUCCCAUCCCCUGUAUUUCUGAUUAGAAUCAAGUACCUAUUAAUUACAUUCAAGUUCAGUAACAAAUGCUUCCCAGGCAGGGACAUAAUGUUCCCUGAAUCACCAUGUCCUGGAGCAAAGUGUGUCUGCUUGCUGUGGUUAUUUCCUAAGCCGAAGUAACUCUCUGCAAAUAGAUCUGCGUUAGGGAAAGCCUGCUCAUCCUCUGAACACUGUCAAGGCUGACUCUUUUCUAGGUAACGAGAUGAAUGGGAAGUGACUGGUAUUGUCCAUUUCUAAAUCUAUAUUAAAAGCCUUUAAAAUUAACUUGGCAGUUCCGCUGCUGAUAAUUUGUCUUUGAAGAAGCGGAGUGUAGGUAAACAGUCUUCAACGCGGGCGUUCAUCACGUUGCUAACUACAAUAGCAGAUGAAAAGGAGGUAUGUGUGGGAGAAGGAUGGGGCCACCCUGGCCGUGGAGACUAAUCCUCGGAUCCGCCUGGACAGAAAUGGCUCCCUACACAUCUCGCAGACAUGGUCAGGGGACAUUGGCACGUAUACCUGCCGGGUACUCUCAGCUGGUGGCAAUGACUCUCGCAACGCCCACCUGCGAGUCAGGCAGCUCCCCCAUGCUCCUGAGCACCCCGUGGCAACACUCAGCACCAUGGAGAGACGCGCCAUCAACCUGACCUGGGCUAAACCCUUCGACGGCAACAGCCCUCUGAUGCGCUACAUCUUGGAGAUGUCGGAAAACAAUGCUCCCUGGACCAUACUUCUGGCCAGCGUGGACCCAGAAGCCACCUCCGUGAUGGUCAAGGGACUGGUUCCCGCUCGUUCUUACCAGUUCCGCCUCUGCGCUGUCAACGAUGUGGGCAAAGGACAAUUCAGCAAGGACACAGAAAGGGUCUCCCUUCCUGAGGAGCCCCCCACCGCUCCUCCACAGAACGUCAUUGCCAGCGGCCGGACCAACCAAUCCAUCAUGAUCCAGUGGCAACCACCUCCUGAGAGCCACCAGAACGGGAUUCUCAAGGGCUACAUCAUCAGAUAUUGCCUGGCGGGACUCCCUGUUGGGUACCAGUUUAAGAACAUCACAGACGCCGACGUCAACAACCUGCUGCUGGAGGACCUCAUCAUUUGGACCAAUUAUGAGAUCGAGGUGGCUGCCUACAACAGCGCCGGGCUGGGAGUCUACAGCAGCAAAGUCACCGAGUGGACACUGCAGGGAGUUCCCACGGUGCCCCCUGGCAACGUGCACGCAGAGGCCACAAAUUCUACGGCCAUCCGCUUCACCUGGAACGCCCCCAGCCCCCAGUUCAUCAACGGCAUCAACCAGGGCUACAAGCUGAUUGCCUGGGAGCCAACCCAAGAGGAGGAGGUUACCAUGGUGACCGCCAGGCCCAACUUUCAAGACAGCAUCCACGUGGGCUUCGUGUCUGGCCUGAAAAAAUUCACAGAGUACUUCACAUCGGUGCUAUGCUUCACCACACCGGGAGACGGGCCUCGAAGCAGCCCUCAGCUGGUGCGCACCCAUGAGGACGUGCCUGGGCCCGUGGGACACCUGAGCUUCAAUGACAUCCUGGACACCUCACUGAAGGUCAGCUGGCAGGAGCCUGGAGAGAAGAAUGGUAUCCUGACAGGGUACCGGAUCUCCUGGGAAGAGUACAACAGAACCAAUACCCGUGUGACCCACUACCUGCCCAACGUAACCCUGGAGUACCGAGUCACAGGCCUCACAGCACUUACUACCUAUACUAUCGAGGUGGCCGCUAUGACCUCCAAGGGCCAGGGCCAGGUGUCAGCCUCUACCAUUUCAUCUGGUGUGCCUCCAGAGCUUCCAGGGGCACCCACCAACCUGGGCAUUUCCAACAUUGGCCCACGAUCCGUGACCUUGCAGUUCAGGCCUGGCUAUGAUGGGAAGACAUCCAUCUCCCGCUGGGUAGUGGAGGCUCAGGUGGGCAUGAUCGGGGAGGGAGAGGAGUGGUUGCUCAUCUACCAACUCAGCAAUGAGCCUGACGCACGCUCCAUGGAGGUGCCGGACCUCAACCCCUUCACCUACUACAGCUUCCGCAUGCGCCAAGUGAACAUUGUCGGCACCAGCCCACCCAGUCAACCUUCUAGAAAGAUCCAGACCCUCCAGGCACCCCCAGACAUGGCCCCAGCCAACGUGACCCUGCGUACAGCCAGUGAGACCAGCUUGUGGCUCCGGUGGAUGCCCCUCCCAGAAAUGGAAUACAACGGCAACCCUGAGUCAGUGGGCUACAAGAUCAAGUACAGCCGGUCUGACGGCCACGGCAAGACACUGAGCCACACGGUACAAGACCGAGUGGAGCGAGAAUACACGAUUGAGGACCUGGAGGAGUGGACAGAGUACCGUGUCCAGGUCCAGGCCUUCAACGCCAUCGGGAGCGGGCCCUGGAGCCAGGCGGUGGUGGGCAGGACCCGGGAGUCAGUCCCAUCCUCUGGCCCCACCAACGUGUCAGCUCUGGCCACCACCUCUAGUAGCAUGCUGGUUCGAUGGAGCGAGAUCCCGGAAGCAGAUCGAAAUGGCCUCGUGCUGGGCUACAAGGUGAGGUACAAGGAGAAGGACUCGGACUCCCAGGCCCGGUUCUGGCUGGUAGAAGGGAACUCGUCCCGCAGCGCCCAGCUCACAGGCCUGGGCAAGUACGUGCUCUACGAGGUCCAGGUUCUGGCCUUCACACGCAUCGGCGACGGCAGCCCCAGCCACCCUCCCAUCCUGGAGCGGACGCUAGAUGAUGUCCCGGGACCCCCCAUGGGCAUCCUGUUUCCAGAGGUGAGAACCACAUCUGUGCGGCUCAUCUGGCAGCCCCCCGCAACCCCCAACGGCAUCAUUCUGGCCUACCAGAUCACACACCGGCUCAACGCCACUACAGCCAACACCGCCACAGUGGAGGUCCUGGCACCCAGUGCCCGCCAGUACAUGGCCACGGGCCUCAAGCCGGAGUCUGUCUACCUAUUCCGUAUCACAGCCCAAACCCGAAAAGGCUGGGGAGAGGCUGCUGAGGCCUUGGUGGUGACUACAGAGAAGAGAGACCGCCCGCAGCCCCCUAGCAAGCCGGUGGUACAGCAGGAAGAUGUGAAAGCACGCAGCGUGCUGCUGUCCUGGGAGCCAGGCAGCGACGGGCUCUCCCCAGUCCGCUACUACACCAUCCAGACUCGCGAACUGCCCAGCGGCAGGUGGGCGCUGCACUCCGCCUCAGUGAGCCACAACGCCUCCGCCUUCACUGUGGACAGACUCAAACCCUUUACGUCCUACAAGUUCCGAGUGAAGGCUACCAAUGACAUCGGGGACAGCGAGUUCAGCGAGGAAUCAGAGUCGCUGACCACCCUGCAGGCAGCCCCCGAUGAGGCACCCACCAUCCUGUCGGUGACUCCCCACACCACCACCUCUGUGCUAAUCCGAUGGCAGCCUCCAUCCGAGGACAAGAUCAACGGCAUCCUCUUGGGCUUCCGAAUCCGGUACCGGGAGCUGCUCUACGAAGGGCUGAGAGGCUUCACUCUUCGGGGCAUCAACAACCCUGGGGCCAAGUGGGCUGAGCUCACCUCCUUGUACUCCAUGCGGAACCUGACCCGGCCCAGCCUCACACAGUACGAGCUGGACAAUCUGACCAAGCACAGGCGUUACGAGAUCCGAAUGAGUGUGUACAACGCCGUGGGCGAGGGACCCUUGAGCCCGCCGCAAGAGGUCUUUGUCGGGGAGGCAGUGCCCACGGCAGCACCACAGAACGUGGCCAUCCACAGUGCCACGGCCACACAGCUGGAUGUGACCUGGGAGCCGCCCCCAUUGGACAACCAGAAUGGAGACAUCCAAGGAUACAAGAUUUAUUUCUGGGAAGUCCAGCGGAGGAACCUCACGGAGAGGGUGAAGACUCUCUUCCUGGCUGAGAACAGCGUGAAACUCAAGAACCUGACUGGUUACACGGCCUACAUGGUCAGCGUGGCAGCCUUCAAUGCUGCGGGGGAUGGGCCACGGAGCACCCCGACCCAGGGCCAGACUCAGCAAGCAGCCCCCAGUGCCCCAGGCUCAGUCAAGUUCAGCGAGCUGACCACUACCUCAGUGAAUGUGUCCUGGGACGCCCCACAGUUCCCCAACGGUCCUCUGGAGGGCUACAGGCUGGUGUAUGAACCCUGCACCCCAGUGGAUGGGGUCAGCAAGAUUGUGACAGUGGACGUGAAGGGGAACAGUCCACUGUGGCUAAAAGUGAAGGAUCUGGCCGAGGGCAUGACCUAUCGUUUCCGAAUCAAAGCCAAGACCUUCACCUACGGGCCUGAGAUUGAAGCUAACAUCACUACGGGCCCUGGAGAAGGUGCACCAGGACCACCAGGAGUACCAAUCAUUGUUCGGUACAGCUCGGCCAUUGCCAUCCACUGGUCCAGCGGAGAUCCUGGCAAAGGACCCAUCACACGCUAUGUAAUAGAGGCCAGGCCUUCAGAUGAGGGGCUCUGGGAUAUCCUCAUCAAGGAUAUCCCCAAGGAGGUGACUUCCUAUACCUUCAGCAUGGACAUCCUGAAGCCAGGCGUAAGCUACGACUUCCGGGUCAUCGCAGUCAAUGACUACGGCUUUGGCACUCCCAGCAGCCCCUCCCAGUCUGUACCAGCCCAGAAAGCCAGCCCCUUUUAUGAGGAAUGGUGGUUCUUGGUGGUCAUUGCCCUUGUGGGUCUCAUCUUCAUCCUGCUCCUGGUCUUCGUACUCAUCAUCCGAGGUCAGAGCAAGAAGUAUUCCAAGAAGACAGAUGCAGGUGGGAAUACCAAGUCAGGAGCACUCGGCCAUGGGGAGAUGCUAAGCUUGGAUGAAAGCAGUUUUCCUGCUCUGGAACUCAACAACCGGCGGCUGUCUGUGAAGAACUCCUUCUGCAGGAAGAAUGGCUUGUACACCAGGUCCCCUCCCAGGCCCAGUCCAGGCAGCCUACAUUACUCUGAUGAAGAUGUCACCAAAUACAAUGACCUCAUCCCGGCAGAGAGCAGCAGCCUGACAGAGAAGCCCUCGGAGAUCUCUGACUCCCAGGGGAGUGACAGCGAGUACGAAGUGGACACGAACACCCAGAAAGCCCACUCCUUCGUCAACCAUUACAUCAGUGACCCCACAUAUUACAACUCUUGGCGGCGCCAACAGAAAGGCAUCUCUCGGGCCCAGGCUUACAGCUACACAGAGAGCGAUUCCGGCGAACCUGACCACGUCACUGUCCCCAACAGCAACAGCACCCAGCAAGGCAGCCUUUUCCGGCCCAAGGCCAGCCGGACUCCAACGCCCCAAAACCCCCCAAAUCCCCCGAGUCAGCAGAGCACCCUCUACCGUCCCCCCAGCAGCCUCGCCCCCGGCUCCCGGGCACCCAUAGCUGGGUUCUCAUCCUUCGUUUGACAUCAAAAGAGGAGAAAGAAUGGGGGAAAAAAAAGAAGAAGAAAAGACACCAAAAUCCUCCUUUGUCACUUCCCAAAAACUCCUGCCAGAAAACACACAAGAAAACCCCACCAAGUCAUCGACUCAACUUUUCACCUCCCACGUUUAUUUUUCCAGAGAUUCCAGGGCUACCAAAGCCCGGUGGAGGACGGCGGAAGGAGAAGAAACCCACAGGAGGACUUGGAUACAUGUGACCGGCAACGGCUCCUCACCCUUGGGGUCUGUUUUGCAGUGUGGAGGGCUGGAGACUACAUAGUCUCACUUCUGCGGAGGACAGAGGGGCUUGGGGCCCUGGAGAGAGGGAGCCAUAAGGCAGGCGGGGUUAAAGGAUCGGAAGCUUCUAGAGAUGUAGACAGCUGCACCCCUCACACUCGUGCUAGAUCUCUGGGCUUGCUAUCCUUGCUCCUCUGCAAAAAGGAUGGGUGCACCCCGAGGUGAAGUCUGCCUGCUGUCUCUGGUUCUUCCUGGCAGGUGUCCCAUGGCCUUGUCACCCCGCCCUCCCAAGCCCCCUCUCCCCCAGCACCCGCCAAGGGCUCAGGGCCCUUGUUCAACUUCUCCAGCAAGCAUUUGGCUUAUUUUGGGGGGAAAAAAUAAGGAAAAAUCAAAUGGUAAGAAUCCACUUAGCAACUUCCUUGUUCCUGCAAAAACUUUUUUUUUUUUUUUUUUUUUUUUUUUUUUUUUUUUUUUUUUUUUGGUGAAUUCAAGGAAGAGGGCCUAAGGGCUGGCAGAGAAAGAAUCCUUUCCACACCCAUAUAACUGAGCCUCCUGUUGCUUGGAUUCACUUCCCUGAAUGCAGAUUAGGAGAGGUGAUAUCUGGGGAAUGGAGACCCAAGGUGCUGGCUCCACGCUAGGGGAUGCUUCAGGGAGAUGUCCUGCAGGAAGUCAGAGAUGCAAGGAUAAAGCCUUGACUGUUUCAAUCUGUUCUACAUGCUCAACGCUAAGAGAAAGGAAACGGGUUGGGGGCGGUGCCUCGGAGAAGAGGCUCAGCCCACCUCGCCUCGCAGGAGGAAGGUUGUAUGUUCAGAUUACCACUUUCCUCUGAAUGUAUACCUUCCUGCUAGCCCAUGCGUUUGCUCAACAACAUUCUCUCUUUAAGAUCUGUGUAGCCCCGGUCCGUCUCUACCCACAAUACACAGGUGCCCAGACCGGCGGUCCAAUCCCUGGUCCUGACGCUUUAUAAAGAAUCGAAGGUUGUAGAGUUGAGGGUCCGGCAUCCGCUCCACCACAGGGCAUGGUUGCUCGGGGAGGCUGACUGCGCUUACACCACGCCAUCGCCGGGCGGGUGCUGGGCUGUAGGGAAGCCCCGAGACACCGCCCUGGGGUGGGAAAGCACAGUCUGACGCACCGGUCUCUGGGCCUUAGCUCAACCAAGGACCAGGCUACCUUUCACGGUCCACUUCCCCACAAAAGGUCACUUCAACUCCCCCUUACAUCUCCCAGGCUGGGCUGAGUGACGGCAGAGCUGGGAAGGACCAAAGAAGGGUCAGCAGGAAGCUUUGUCCAAACUACACACAGAAGUUGAGAUGCGUGGUCAGCCCAGCCAGGAGAGGCGGGUCAGACAGGAUCAAGGAACAAGAAUAGCUGAUGGGAGGGAAAACUGUUACUCCCAGGAAUGUUCUGUAAAAAGCCAUGGGGGCAACUUCUCAUCAGCUUUGGCCUUCCAACACAAGGACUUGGGAAGGAGGUUUUCCGAUGUCCUGGAUUGGCUUAGGCCCUUGGGGAUAUCAUCCAGCCAAAGGCUCAGCCUACUGCUGGGAAUGCGUGACUGCCUCCUUCAGAGGCUUCACUGGGUCAUGUCCAAUUUAAUAAAGGACCAGACUUGCUGGGAGUCUACAGUUACGGCUGGCCUUGUCGAGAGGCCCGAGUGGAGAGCCUAUAGCUGUUCUCAGCCAUCUCUAGUCACUCCUAAUUCUCACUGGGCAGAAAAGCCAGAGUCAAAGCCUGAAUAAUGAACACACUUGAGUACUGCGUGGGCUCCUCCCUACACACCUGACCCCUGGGAUAUGUGAGUGAGGAACUGUGGGAAGCCAGGUCAGCAGGCAGGUGACCCAAAUACUGCAUGUGAACAGUGGCUUUUCACAGUGACUUCUCUUAGGCAAGAAGGGAAGGCUCCUAAACCAGGAAGCACAGCUUUGUCCCCCAAAGGACAACAAAUGGUUGAGACCUUGCCCCUCCAGGGAUACGGGUCCCCAGGGUUACCUCGAACUUCAGUCAGCUGGACGCCAACCCUCGUGGCAUCUGGCUUCUCCAGAGCCCCACAUUUGCAGAGGCUACAUGAGCUCACACUGCCACACUCACUGUCCGUCCCUCGUGUCUGUUUAAAACAACUUCAUCUUUCUUUUUUUUUUUUCCUGUCUUCGGAGGCUUUAACCAUUUAAGGAUGUUCCGAGUUUACAUUAGGGAAUUAUUAGCCCAGCCCAGCCCAGCCCAGCCCAGUGAGGGAGCUUUAAAGAGGAAGUGGGAAUGGUUAAAAAAAAAAUCAUUUGUGUGUGUGUGUGUGUGUGUGUGUGUGUGUGUGUGGUGUCGCACAGGAGGCCAAUUUUCCUUUGCCUUUAAUGAAUCACCUCGUGCACUGAGAUCUCCCUCCCCCUUCCGCGUGCUCAUUGGUACCCUCGCUGAACACUAGCAAACUUGUGCUUACGUACAAGCAUAUAAAGAUAUGCACAGAACAUACAUCUUAUGUGUGUUAACAAAGUGGCUCUCAUCAUGCCCUCUGAUGGCCCCUUGGCUGUCUCUCCUCCCCACGAGGCAUGGAUAGCCUGGGUCACUUGCACUUGGGGUAUCAGUGGGACCUAUUUAUUACCCAAGCAGCUGAGCACAUUACAAGCUACAACUCCUAGGAUGAGCCUAGGGUGAGAGCCCUCCACUUAGGCACUACCUGCCUGCGGGAGGAGUGGGGGGAGAUUGUUGCCUACACAGCCCCAGCCACGGCUGGACACCCAGUAGGUCUCCAGCUGUGGAACUCUAUGUUGUUUAAUGACAUCUCUUGGCCUAUGUUUACAUUUCUGCUGGGCACUGGAGGAUCCCAAGAACUCCACCCAGACAGCCCGAGUAUGGCGGGCACCCACCCUGGGUCAGGGGAAGCUUUCGAUUUCCCGAGCCGUGGAGGCCAGGGCAAUUGUCUUGUGACUCUAUGGGAAACGGGUUCACGGAAGGACACGCCUAGCCCUCUUGCUGUUGCCUCUCUGUGCCCUGAGGAAACCUGCCCGGUAUCCAGGAGCCCACACACAGCAUGCUGGGGCCGCUCUCUCCUCUCCUGGCAGCGCCUCCCGCAUUCUUGCAGGCGCUGCACCCAGAUCGACGAGACUAACCAAAUAGCUGCUCUGGGUUCCAGAAGCAUCUUCCUCCAGAGAGCUGCAGGGAGUUUACAAACCCACGCUGCCUCUCCUUUGCCCUCUCCACCCCAAACCUCAUACUGCCAUGAGUCAGAGGGAACAAGGACACAGCUGGGCUGCCUUGCCAGCCCUCGCUUCUUGAGGCCUUCUGUCAUUGUUGCCCAUGCCUGUCCUGGGCAGCAUUUCUAAAGGUGCCAGAGCCUCACAGUAGGCUGCCCUAGGCAGGGGCUCCCCUCGCCUUCUCGAGUGGCGCACAGUGAAGGUGCCACAGUGUGCAGCCAGCCAGCUGGGCCAUCAACGGGGAGAAAGAGGGGACCCACAGAUAGCCACCACCAGCUCCGGAGUGCCUCUGUGGUCCCAUACAGGGACACCCACCCUAACCAACACCUCGAGCACAGGUGCCCCACCUCCUUGGGACAACCCCCUCCUUUCUGUCUCCAUAAAAACAAGUCCAAAGCAUUUAAGUGUGUUACCUUCCUCCACCCAUUAUAGACUCCCCGAACAAAACUCGGUACAAAUCUUUAUUUUUUUGAUUUAAAAGCUAUAAUGAAAAAUUAUAGGGAGAGUAUUCAUUAUGGCAGGUGUCUGUAAGAAAAAAAUAUAUAUCUAUAUGUCACAUAGCUUGUUAGCAAGUUUAUUUUUUAAACAAAGGGUAAGAAAGAAAAUUGAUUUGAAAUAUAUACCGCGAGAGCCCCGUGUCCUGUCAAACCGUCAGUAUUUUAUAAAUAAAUUUUUUUUUUGGAA